AUCAAAUGCAACAACAUGUAUUGCUGAGGCUCUAGAUGACAUCAGCCCGUAAAGAACAUAUUUCGUCAUGUUUCGAAGACACUGCGACCCGGCAACAUGGAUGGAUACAGAGCAAAACACACCUGCAAAGAACCAUAAAUAAGGGUCCUUAACUGGCAGAGAGGUGGUUGUCUGUUAGACUCAGGCAGUUGUAAAGAGAAGAGCAUUGAGUACUAUGUGUACACAUUCCAAUACCAGAGGUCUGGAGACUGACCGUCUCUUUCAAGUCAAAUAUUUACAGAAAUCAAGACAAAAAUAAAAUCUCAUCAUAAAAGAUCAUCUCAUCUUAUAGGAGGUGGCAAGAGUUUGCAGACAUAUGUUAAGGCUCCCAGUCCACAAAUAGUUGUAUAUGACCUCUGCAUUGGUCAUUCUCAUCAGUGCUUAGUUUAAAUCUCAUAGCCCAUUUGAAUGUAUCAUCAAGGUCCACAGGGAGAGAGUGAUGUCAUAACAAACACCCAACAGCCACUGUUCAGAGUAACGGUCUCUUCCAAUGGACCCGGAAACAGCAAGCACCUCAACAGGAAGUGAAGAGAUUCCCCCAUCAACCACUAGUGAUCCCACUGACCAAUCAGAAGUCACAGAAGAAGCUGCUUCCAACCCUGUUCCCAUGGCUAUGAAUGAGCCUGUUAGGCCCAGGUUUGGUGCAGGUGUUCAGGCUAAAGAGAGGCUGAAGUUUAUUCUGGGAGCUUCUGAGGAUAACUCCUCCGAUGAUGAGUCUUUUGUUAUGGGCCAGGGAGCCAGACCUCAGAACAAAAGCACAGAGCAGCCCAAGGCACCACCUACCACCUUAUCCGAAGCACUGCCACCCCCUGUCCCGGCACCAUCCUCCAGCCUGAGGCCUAGCAUGUCAGGCCUCCACCUGCUGAAAAAGGGCAAAGAACACAGAAAGAUGGAUGUGCACAGAGACUUCACUGUAGCCUCUCCGGCUGAGUUUGUCACUCGCUUUGGAGGAAACCGCAUUAUAGACAAGGUGCUGAUUGCCAAUAAUGGCAUUGCUGCAGUUAAAUGCAUGCGUUCUAUUCGCCGCUGGUCCUACGAGAUGUUCCGUAAUGAGAGAACCAUUCGCUUCGUGGUGAUGGUCACACCGGAAGACUUGAAAGCCAAUGCAGAAUACAUUAAAAUGGCUGAUCACUAUGUGCCAGUCCCUGGGGGCCCAAAUAACAACAAUUAUGCCAAUGUAGAGAUGAUCGUGGAUAUUGCCAAAAGGAUUCCAGUGCAGGCUGUAUGGGCUGGAUGGGGCCAUGCUUCAGAGAACCCCAAACUACCUGAGCUCCUCCAUAAAGCAGGGAUAUCUUUCUUAGGGCCAUCCAGUAAGGCCAUGUGGGCAUUAGGAGAUAAAGUUGCAUCUUCCAUCGUAGCUCAGAGCGCAGACAUUCCCAUCCUACCCUGGAGCGGAACAGGUCUGAGGAUUGAAUGGGCAGUAGAAAAUCAAAGACAUGGUCACGUCAUCAGUGUUCCUCCUGAACUUUAUGAGCAGGGCUGUGUUAAAGAUGUGGAUGAGGGACUAGCGAGUGCUGAGGAGAUUGGCUACCCUGUAGUAAUCAAAGCUUCAGAGGGAGGGGGUGGAAAAGGCAUUAGAAAAGUGGAAUGUGCUGAAGACUUUCCAAGCUUCUUCAGACAGGUGCAGGCUGAGGUGCCAGGUUCACCUAUUUUCAUCAUGCAGCUAGCCGAGCACGCACACCACUUGGAGGUUCAGAUCCUGGCUGACCAGUACGGUAAUGCCAUCUCAUUGUUCGGCAGAGACUGCUCCAUCCAGCGGCGUCACCAGAAGAUCAUAGAGGAAGCUCCUGCCACAAUCGCUUCCACCAGCACUUUUGAGCAAAUGGAGCGGUAUGCAGUGCGUCUGGCUAAAAUGGUGGGGUAUGUUAGUGCUGGUACGGUGGAAUAUCUGUUCUCUGAGGAUGGAAGUUUCCACUUUCUGGAGUUGAACCCCAGGCUGCAGGUGGAGCACCCAUGCACUGAGAUGAUAGCAGACGUCAACCUUCCUGCUGCACAGCUACAGAUAGCAAUGGGGAUCCCUCUUUAUAGAAUUAAGGAUAUCCGUGUACUGUAUGGUGAAGCGCCAUGGGGAGAUACACCCAUUAACUUUGAAUCUCCAGAGUGCGUCCCCUGUCCACGGGGACAUGUCAUAGCUGUACGCAUCACCAGUGAGAACCCCGAUGAGGGCUUUAAGCCAAGUUCAGGCACAGUUCAGGAGCUGAACUUCCGCAGCAAUAAGAAUGUGUGGGGCUACUUCAGUGUAGGGGCAACAGGAGGUCUACACGAGUUUGCUGACUCUCAGUUUGGACACUGUUUCUCCUGGGGCGAGAACCGUGAAGAAGCCAUCUCGAACAUGGUGGUGGCCAUGAAGGAGUUGUCAAUCAGGGGAGAUUUCAGGACCACAGUGGAAUACCUCAUUAAACUACUGGAAACAGAAAGUUUUAGGAACAAUGACAUUGAUACAGGCUGGCUGGACCACCUUAUUGCAGAGAAAGUACAGGCGGAGAGACCAGACACAAUAUUAGGUGUAGUAUGCGGAGCUCUGCAUGUUGCUGAUGCCAGUUUCAGAGAGAGCAUGUCUGACUUCCUGCAUUCACUGGAGAGGGGUCAGGUGUUACCUGCUGCUAGUCUGGUUAACACAGUAAAUGCUGAUCUGAUCUAUGAAGGCGUCAAAUACUGCCUCAAGGUGGCCCGCCAGUCACCCACCACAUAUGUUAUCAUUAUGAAUGGUUCAGAUAUCGAGGUUGAUGUCCAUAGACUCAGUGAUGGUGGUCUACUCCUUUCCUAUGGUGGCAGCAGCUACACAACCUACAUGAAGGAGGAGGUAGACAGCUACCGCAUCACAGUGGGCAACAAAACGUGUGUGUUUGAGAAAGAGCGAGACCCAACGGUGCUCAGGUCGCCCUCUGCUGGCAAGAUUUUGCAGUAUGUUGUUGCUGAUGCUUCUCAUGUUUUGGCUGGGCAACCAUAUGCUGAGAUUGAGGUUAUGAAAAUGGUGAUGGCCCUGCAUGUCCAGCAGUCUGGUUGCAUUCACUUUAUAAAAAGACCAGGAACAGUAUUAGAGCCCGGCUGUGUAGUGGCUCGAAUGGACCUAGAUGAUCCCAGCUGUAUUCAUCCGGUUAAGCCAAACACAGAGGCAUUACCUCCUCAUGAGCCUUUACCUAUUGUUGGGGAAAAGCUUCACCAGGUGUUUCACAAUGUUCUGGAGAACCUGGUGAAGAUUAUGGAUGGAUACUCUCUUCCAGAGCCAUACUUUAGCGAAAAACUGAAGAAGUGGGUGGGCACGCUGAUGAAGACACUCAGGGAUCCAUCUCUGCCUCUUCUUGAGCUGCAGGAGAUCAUGACCAGCGUGGCGGGUCGUAUACCAAUUACUGUUGAGAAGGCAAUUCGAAAGGUCAUGGCACAGUAUGCCAGUAACAUUACUUCUGUCCUCUGUCAGUUCCCCAGUCAAAGGAUAGCAAAUAUACUUGACAGCCAUGCUGCCACGCUCCAAAGAAAAGCAGAUCGAGAAGUUUUCUUCAUGAACACUCAGAGUAUUGUGCAACUGGUUCAAAGAUACCGAAGUGGCAUUAGAGGCUAUAUGAAAUCAGUGGUGCUGGAUCUGCUGAGACGGUACCUUCAGGUAGAGAUGCAAUUUCAACAAGCUCACUAUGAUAAAUGUGUUAUCAACCUCAGAGAGCAGUAUAAGCCUGACAUGACUCCAGUACUGGAGUGCAUCUUCUCCCAUGCUCAGGUCGCCAAGAAGAAUGUCUUAGUCACCAUGCUCAUAGACCAGUUAUGUGGGCGGGACCCAACUCUUGCUGACGAGCUCAUGGUGAUUUUAAAUGAGCUCACACAACUCAGUAAAAUGGAAAACUCUAAAGUGGCCCUUCGGGCCAGACAGGUGUUGAUCGCCUCUCAUUUACCUUCAUAUGAACUAAGACAUAACCAGGUGGAAUCCAUCUUUUUGUCAGCUAUUGAUAUGUAUGGACAUCAGUUCUGUCCUGAGAACCUCAAGAAACUCAUCCUCUCUGAGACCUCAAUUUUCGACGUCUUGCCUAGUUUCUUCUACCACAGCAACCGUGUGGUUUGCAUGGCAGCCUUAGAGGUGUAUGUACGAAGGGGCUACAUAGCUUAUGAGCUGAACAGCCUUCAGCAUCAUCAGCUGCAGGAUGGGACAUGUGCAGUGGACUUCCAGUUCAUGUUACCGUCAUCCCACCCCAACAGAGAGGCUUAUGUCACAGUGAGCCAGUCCAUGCCCAAACCCACAGGGAGCAGUCCUACUUUGAACAGAGUGUCUGUUCCAAUGAAUGGAUUGGGGGAAUUUGAGUCAAUGUGUCGACAGGGCAGUGAUCACUUCCUGGAGGGGGCGCUGUCACCCCCCUGUCAGAGGAUGGGAGCAAUGGUCGCCUUCCAUAGCUUUGAUCACUUCAAAAGGUGUUUUGAUGAAGUGAUCUUUCGAUUUGCUGAUCCACUGUGUGAAAGUUCUCUGUUCUCUGAGGCCUGUUCCAGCUUUUGUGAUGAGGAAAACUGUAAGAACAUGAAGGAAAACCCCAUUCACAUCAUAAAUGUGUCACUUAAACAAGCUGACACUGAAGAUGAUGAUGCUUUAGUCACAGCUUUCACAGCCUUCGCUCAGUCCAAAAAAGCCCUGCUCUAUGAGUAUGGAAUCAGAAGGGUCACAUUUUUAAUUGCACAAAAGCGAGAGUUCCCUAAGUUCUUCACCUUCAGGGCCAGAGAUGAAUUUCAUGAGGACAGAAUAUAUCGUAAUCUGGAGCCCGCACUGGCUUUCCAGCUUGAGCUGAAUCGUAUGCGUAACUUUGACCUGACAGCUGUACCCUGUGCCAACCACAAGAUGCACUUGUAUCUGGGUGCUGCUCGUGUGGAAGAGGGGGCAGAGGUCACCGACUAUCGUUUCUUCAUCAGAGCAAUUAUCCGCCACUCUGACCUCAUCACCAAGGAGGCCUCGUUUGAGUACCUGCAGAAUGAGGGUGAGAGGCUGUUGCUAGAGGCUAUGGAUGAGCUGGAGGUCGCCUUCAGUAACACACCUACUCGCACUGAUUGUAACCACAUCUUCCUCAACUUUGUGCCCACUGUUAUCAUGGACCCCUCUAAGAUAGAGGAGUCUGUUCGCUCCAUGGUGAUGCGGUACGGCAGUCGUCUGUGGAAGCUUCGUGUGCUUCAGGCUGAGCUGAAGAUCAACAUUCGUCACACCACCACUGGAGAUGCCAUUCCCAUCCGCCUCUUUCUUACCAAUGAGUCCGGCUACUACCUGGACAUCAGCCUAUACAAGGAGGUCACUGACCCAACCACAGGACAGAUAAUGUUCCAGUCAUAUGGAGACAAACAAGGCCCACUGCACGGCAUGCUAAUCAACACUCCAUAUGUCACAAAAGACCUGCUGCAGGCAAAACGCUUCCAGGCUCAGAGCCUUGGCACCACGUACGUCUACGAUUUCCCUGAGAUGUUCAGACAGGCCUUGUUUAAGCUUUGGGGACCAGGAGACAGCUACCCUAAAGAUGUUUUGAUGUGUAAUGAACUGGUCCUAGAUUCUCAGGGCGGACUUGUGCAAUUGAACAGACUCCCUGGAGACAAUGAGGUUGGAAUGGUGGCCUUCCGGAUAAAGAUGAAAACUCCAGAGUACCCAGAGGGGCGGGAUAUCAUUGUUAUCUGUAAUGAUAUUACUCAUAUGAUUGGCUCAUUUGGACCUCAGGAGGAUCAGCUGUUUUUACGGGCCUCUGAGCUGGCCAGAGCAGAGGGCAUUCCACGCAUCUACAUCUCAGCCAAUAGUGGAGCUCGAAUCGGCCUGGCGGAGGAGAUCCGCCACAUGUUUCAGGUGGCAUGGAUUGACCCUGAUGACCCCUAUAAGGGUUUUAAGUACCUCUAUCUAACCCCUCAGGACUACACACGCAUUAGUUCCACUAACUCUGUGCACUGUCGGCAUGUAGAAGAGGGAGGAGAGUCCAGGUACAUCAUCACAGAUAUCAUUGGGAAGGAAGAGGGUCUUGGAGUGGAGAAUCUGAGGGGUUCAGGCACUAUUGCUGGAGAAACUUCUCAGGCCUAUAAGGAAGUCAUAACCAUUAGCAUGGUAACAUGUCGUGCCAUAGGAAUUGGGGCAUAUCUUGUGCGUCUGGGGCAGAGAGUAAUUCAAGUGGAAAACUCCCACAUCAUCCUGACUGGGGCAGGAGCACUAAACAAGGUGCUGGGUCGUGAAGUCUACACCUCCAAUAACCAGCUGGGAGGGGUUCAGAUCAUGCACAACAAUGGAGUGACGCACACCAUCGUGCCAGAUGACUUUGAAGGGGUGCUUACUAUUCUACAGUGGCUUUCUUACAUGCCCAAGAACAAUCAAAGUCCAGUUCCGAUAAUGCCUCCCACCGAUCCAGUAGAGAGACUGAUAGAUUUCGUUCCCACAAAAGCCCCUUAUGAUCCUCGCUGGCUGCUCUGUGGACGACCCCAUCCCACUGUGAAAGGAGCGUGGCAGAGUGGAUUCUUUGACCAUGGUACUUUUUUGGAGGUGAUGGCGACCUGGGCUCAGACAGUAGUGGUGGGGCGUGCCAGGCUUGGUGGGAUUCCUCUUGGGGUUAUUGCUGUGGAGACACGCACUGUUGAGGUUGCCAUUCCUGCAGAUCCAGCCAACUUGGACUCAGAGGCCAGGUCUCUUUUUCAGCUCCUUCAGCAGGCUGGUCAGGUAUGGUUCCCAGACUCUGCCUAUAAAACUGCACAGGCCAUAGAGGAUUUCAACAGGGAAAAACUUCCACUUAUGGUGUUUGCCAACUGGAGAGGCUUCUCUGGAGGAAUGAAAGAUAUGUAUGACCAGGUCCUGAAGUUUGGUGCUUAUAUCGUUGAUGCACUACGAGAGUACAGCCAGCCUGUACUGGUCUACAUCCCUCCCCAUGCUGAGCUGAGAGGAGGAUCAUGGGUCGUCAUCGACCCCACUAUCAACCUUCAACACAUGGAGCUCUAUGCAGAUCGUGAGAGCAGAGGGGGAGUUCUGGAGGCAGAGGGCACAGUGGAGAUAAAGUUUAGAAAGAAAGAUCUGCUAAAGACCAUGCGAAGGAUUGAUUCUGUAUAUCAACGCCUGGCUGAGCAGCUUGGCAAGCCGGAAUUGUCAGUCCAGGAGUGUAAAGAUUUGGAGGCCAAACUGAAGGCCAGAGAGGAGUUCCUUCUUCCCAUCUACCACCAGGUGGCAGUGCAAUUUGUGGACCUUCAUGACACACCAGGGAGAAUGCAGGAAAAGGGUGUCAUUACGGACAUUCUGGACUGGAAGAAUGCUAGGUCAUUCUUUUACUGGCGUCUGCGGCGACUGCUGUUGGAGGAGGUGGUAAAGAAGGAGAUUGUGCAGGCAAACAAGGACCUGAGCAAUGGACACAUUCAGUCCAUGCUGCGCCGUUGGUUUGUGGAGACAGAAGGGACUGUAAAAGCAUACCUGUGGGACAACAACAAAGUGGUGGUAGAGUGGCUGGAAAGCCAUCUCUCACAGCAGGAUGGAACACAUUCCGUCAUUAGAGAGAACAUCAAGUACUUAAAAAGAGACUACGCUCUCAAACACAUUCGCAGCUUAGUCCAAGACAACCCAGAAGUGACUAUGGACUGCAUCAUCCACAUGGCACAAAACAUCACUCCCUCACAGAGAGCCAAAAUCUGCCACCUGCUGGCCACCUUGGACAACUCCACUACCAGCUGAUCUCAACCAUUCAGGAACUUAAUAGAGCAACACAAUCUUGUGCUACACAGAGACUCAACAUACAGUACAACAUUAAGACUUAGUGGUAUGUGUAGGUAGGGUUUAACAACUUUUAGAAUAGUUUUAAUUAGUAAAGUGCCUUGAAAGGAAAUCAAAAGGGGGAAAAGGACAUUUUGGUCAGUAACCUUAAAGACGCACAAUUUCAAAUGUCAAGCGAUCAUAUAGUUCACUUAUCUUUGUGCAGUUUCUGUUUGUGUGUGAUUCACAGCUGACAUGUUAGGACAAACAUUUCUCACAUGAGCAUCAUAAGAUUACCUUGAACUCCCUGCCAAGAGUGAAACCGGUAUAUACAUGGUAUUUAUCUUUGCUUCACAUUUGUGCCUUUGUGUCAUUUUUGUUGGAUAAGCCAACAGAUGGAUGUACAAUACGUUGAAGAGACUGAAUAAUAGAUUAUAUGAUUUUUAGGCUCACCAAUACGUGAAGCGUACAUACAAUCUGCAUGGUACUUCCUAAACAAACGUAUUAAACCAAAAGUAUUAAGACUAUAAUUAGAGUAAAGUGAAAGUAUUAUAACCAAAGAGAAUCACUGUGCCUUGACAAAAAAGCUUGCUUUGCAUGCGUGUAAAUAUCAGGGUAAUUCUUAAUAUCAACUUUCAUAACCAGUUUUUAACAAAUAUUUCAUUAGGCUAAUACUUAAUGAAUUGUUCAUGUUCAUUCAAAUAGUUGUCAUGAAUUUGAAGAAAAUAUUUUCACAUACAUGAUUUACUGAUAUGCUGAGUGUUAUGUAAUGUUUGAUUACUUAUUAAUGAAAGUUAUUAUUAAGUGUUAUCAAUAUAUGUUCUACUGUCUAUUUUCCUGACUUUAUUUUGGUUGUGUAUUCACAUCCUUAAAAAGACUACACUAGCCUAUGCUUUUAAAUUAUUUCACUUGACUACAGGAAAUACUUCUUUUCAUAUGAAUGCAGCCAUGUGUGCUGAAUCUAUGAAUGGAUAAUAUGUUUGUAUAUCCACUGGUGCUGUGCCAUGCUUACUUUCACCAGCUUUCAUGCCUUUACUAGAUUGUGUCUUUGAACCAAGACCACAGAAACAGCUGUUUCUAAUUGCCUUUGUUGACUGUAUAUCAGGAUGUUUUUUUAAAUAAACUCAUAAUUAUGAAAUAAUAAAUAAUUUAUGUUUUAAUCUA